AUGCAAUCGAGCGUGCUUCGAUAUCUGAGCCUGCUCUUCGUGCUAACCACGUUGAGUUGCCUUCAAGCGGCACCCUCAACGGAUAAGCAGACAGUGGAGCAAUCGUCACCCAAGGCGGAGCAACUCGUUCGCGUCUAUCCCAUCAAUGAGGAACAGUACGAGAAGCUGCUCAAGCUUACCAAUGGCAAGAAUCUGAUCUCCGAGGCGCGCUUAACCAGCGCUGGAUUCACCGCCGUACGCAACAGUCUCGACAACGGCUGGAAUUCAUUGCUGCGCAUCAUUGGACUGACCACCACAAGUCGUUCGGAGCAGUCAAAGAUCGAUUUCGAUGGCCAGCCUUUAUGUGUGAUGAAGCGCAGUCUCUCGGACGCUGUUGUAGAUGCAACCGAACCAAGAGCGCUGGAGACUAAGGAACUUUCCGAUGAGGAUUCUGUCAUCAAUUGCAUCGUUGUGCUGAAGAAGGACCCGGCAAUAGAGUCGCAAUCGGCUGUUAACAAUCCCAGCUUUGCUCCUUACUGGUAUCACGAAAACAAUGCUGCUGUUGUGCCAGAGCAAGAGCUGCCUAUUGAGCCACAAACCAACGAGUCAGUUGCUCCAGCUGUUGCCGAGCCAGUUCCCAUUGUUGCCGAGAGCAAUAAGGAGCAACUGGUGGCCACUACAACCCCCGCGCCCAAAGUGAACAAGCCCAAGCCCAAGACCAGAUCCAAGUCCAAGUCGAAGGUGCAAAAGAAGAAAUCAGAGGCUGGUGCCUCCCGUGAAUACAACCCCUAUGGUUUGCCCCCACCUCCUCUCCCACCAACCCUUUAUGGCAGCUCCUAUGGCAGUCCCUAUGGCGGCGGCUAUCCCUAUGGAGGCUUCAAUCAGAAUCCCUACGAUGGCUUCAAUCCCUAUGGCUCCUUUGGCAAUCAGCCCGGCUAUGGCCAGUUUCCACCAUCUUUUGGCCAGCCGCCAUUCUAUCCUUCUUCCCCUUACUACAGACCCCCUCCACCACCUUUUAAUCCGUAUCAGUUUUACGAGCAGACCGCCGCACUUGAGGAGGAGGAAGACGAAGACGAGGAGGCAUAUGAAGUCGAUGGCGAUGUGGAUGGAAGCUAUGAAAAUGAAUAUUACCAUUAG